AUGUCUUCAACAUCUUUCGUUCCUUUUCCUUCAAGUCAGAUUGCAGGCGCAGUAGUUGUCAAUGUUUUCGCAUUAGCCUGUACGUUAGGUCUGGUCUCUGUUGCUCUUAGGGUGAUCUGGCUGGCCGUGCGACACAUCUUUACUCGCAAUACGACUGUACCGCAAGAAUCUUUUUUUUUUCACACCCAACUGGGAAAUUAUGCAGCUUGUCUGCUCUUUGCCAUGACAUUCAACAGUCUUGCAGGGUUGAUUGGUUUUCCUUGGCUGCUAUUACAAGGGAUUACGGAAGGCAACAUUUGCCGAGCCCAGGCCACCAUUAUGCAGAUUGGAAAUUGGGCCUCUGCUUAUUUUACCGUGACUAUCGCAGUACACACGUUUAGCUCUUUGGUCCUCAAGAAGCGACAAUCCGUCAUCAUCUGUCGCACCACAAUCAUCAUCGGUUGGACGAUAGCCACAAUGAUAGCAGCGGUGCCAUUCGUUCUUCCUCACCCAGAAGGGCAUAUUUAUGGCGAAGAUGGAUUUGCCUGCGGUAUAAGAGAUGUGUAUCCCAAACAUCAGUUUUUAUUUCACCUGCUUCCCAUCUUCGUUGCUUCGUUUUUAUCAGCUCUCCUAUAUUCCCUGAUUUUUCUCGUCCUCCGGGGGACUCUGAGGAUCAAAGGUGGUAUCAAAUUUAUCCUCGACCCCAACGAGCGUCGGACUAGUGCUGAGGGCGAAAACUAUCAUCGUUUUAUUGCUCGCGUCGCGCGAAGCAUGAUAUGGUACCCAGUUGCAUAUGUUGUCUUCCUAGUGCCGUACUCCGUAACGAGGUUGCUCGAAAUUUCAGGCUUUGCCGUUCCAUCACAGGCCAUUGUCGUUGCCAGCACAUGUUGGUUCAGCUUGGGCAUUGCGGAUGUGGCUCUUCUCUACAAUACAUUUCGUGUGUUGGGUCCCGCUUUCAGUGCACACUCCAGUGCGUCGACUCGGAAAGACUUGGAAACUGUUGGUUCUUUUGUAUCACCAGGAUUUGACAAAGAGCGUUUCACUUGGGACCAGAAAUCGGCUUUAGGGGAAAAGAUAAAUGAGUCCUGCUCCUUUGCCCCCCUCUCUCGAUCCUCCACAGCGGACUCAAUUCAGCAUCUUCUCCCCGUGCUUCACGAACGCAACGCAAGCGCUCAAAGCUUUUACAGCUAUUCCAACACUCCUUCGAUCGGGAGUCCUAUUACGCAUGUUUUAGAACAUCGCCCCGCGGUUGCCAGCUCUAAAAAAGCCACGCAGAAGUCUCCGACGAGUAGGGAUUUGACAAACCGUGUCCACCAAGAAUCGUUGGGACUUCCCAUGCCUCCUCGCCCCACUCGUUCACCGGUGUCAUCGGAACUUGAUAUGACCGAGCGGGGCCUGUUUAAUAUAGACCCUUCAAUGGCCCGCCAGCUCAUCACGCAGACUCCCCUUGUCACCCACUUCCACGGCUCCCAGCACGCAAAAUCAACCUCUUGGCCGUCCGGGGACUGGGACACAUCAAGUUUGUUGGAUUCUUCCCCAAUAUCCUCAAAUUCACCGUCUCAAGAUGUGUACGGGAAGCCCAUGCUUGGUGCCGUGGCUCUGUCGCCCCCUGCUCUACCGAACCGCUCUGUACCAAGGCGGCUCACGUUGAGAGCUAGCCGAAGCUUUCAAGUCACGCGCCCACCGAUGCUCCAGACAAUGCCCAACGUUUCGCCUGCGUCUGUCCGCUGGCAACGUCCCCUACUCCUCUCUCAACGCAAUUCAGUGGAUAGCUUCAUGUAUAUUAACCCUCGUAUGCCGCCAAAUCCACCCAGGGCCUAUCGGCCAUAA